AUGAUGAUGGCACAAAGCGUCCAGGAGGGAUUUUCGGCAAGGGGUCAGGAACUAGUUGAUUUAUUGCUGUGUUUCGCGCACUUAACUAUUGCGUCACUGCCACUGGUUUUAUUUAGAAAAGUAAUUCAAGAAGAUCUAACAAUGAGAUUCAUUUUAAAUUUUUGUAUAUUUUCCGUUUUAUUUUUUAUUAAUUUGGAAGCAAGACCCCAAACUCCACGGAGGGAUGAAAGUUACCCCCCAAGAGAUAUUUUAGCGGAAUACCGUCCAAUACGGGAGCAAUGUAUGGCCGAUACAGGAGCAACUGAAAAAAUUAUCCAAGAAUUCAGUGAUGGUGAUCAUUUGUCUCCAGUCGAGGAUGAAGCUCUCAAGUGCUACAUGAAUUGCUUAUUUCACAAAAUUCAAGUAGUCGACGACACGGGGCAUGUUCACUUUGAAAAGCUCCGUCUAAAGGUACCGGAUGACCUCAAAGAUGUUGGCCACAAUAUGAUUGCGCAAUGUGAAAAUCCUGUUGGGGCUAAUUUAUGUGAGAAAGCUUACUGGCUGCAUACAUGCUUUAAGCGAGUUGAUCCAGUUCACUACUUCCUCGUUUGA